AGCACUCAAGCCGUCUUGUCUAGGAGGUGUUAGGUGUGUUGUAGCCCCGAUCACUAGGAGAACGAGUUGAGGAGGAAAUGCAUGACUAUGGAGGAUGCUAACUUGUAAUCGUCCGUAGACGUUUCACACGAAUGGUGGUGCGAAUGAUUAACUUUAGCUGUACCCUACGCGUAUACAAAAUUUCUCCGAACCGUUUCAGGGGCCAUUUAAGUACAGUACACUGUACCUUUAAACGUCCUUCAAAUAUUUCUUUCGUUUUUUUUUUUUAGGCUUAUAAGGAAAAUGCUCGGGUAACUGUAUUUAGAAGCUGUUAUUUUUUUGUAAUUAGAUCUUACAUGUGUUAACUUGCCACAUAUUGUUUCUUUCAUCCAUAAAGGAAAAUUUCAAAUUUCCAAUCCAUUUAUUAGCAGCGCCGUCUUUACAGCACACAUUUUCACUUUGGUGUGCGUGCUUAAUGUUGCAACCCAUCGUCUGCUUGCAUUUGUAUUGGAGACCGCAUGACUGAGAAAAAGCGCUUAUCACAGGACACACCUUCACACCAGGCGAGAAUAUCUGAGGAAUUGUUGGCGCGGAAGCCCAGACAGCCGGCGGCUGCCGAAUGCUGCGGUAAUGGCUGCGCCCUGUGCGUCAACGACGUUUACGAGCAGGAACUGGCAAUCUGGGAAAUGGAGUGCAUGCGAGAACUGCAGUACGGACCUGGCCGCCAUGAACCGCAACAGGGACCAGCUAUAAGCCCCGACUACUACAAAUCAUUUGUGCUUCGGAACAUCGAGAAAAUCACUGAAUGCUGUUCAAGAUAUGUCUUUGUAAUUGAUGGCAUCAGACGUCUUGGCUUCAGCAUUGGACAGCAUCUUAUAAUGAGAGCUUCUGUCGAUGGUGAAAUUGUAACUCGUCAGUACACUCCUAUCUCACCUCCGAGUGUCCUUGGCUUCUUUGAAGUCAUAAUCAAGGUUUAUCCCCAAGGAAGGAUGUCAAAGUACAUCAAGACACUCAAAGAAGGAUGCUCUGUGGAUUGGAGAGGUCCACUAGGAGGGCUAGACUACAAGCCUAAUGUGCACAAGCACAUGCUACUGCUUGCUGCUGGUACUGGGAUUGCACCAAUGAUCCAGGUCUUGCACCACAUUACAAGUUCAGACGAAGAUUACACCAUGGUUCGCUUGCUUUUUGGUAUAGCAAAGUACAGGGACAUAUACCUGAAGAAUGAGCUCAAUCAACUCAAAGCCUUCUGGAAUGUCAGCAUUCUGUACUGCCUGAGUGAUGGUAUACUAUGCACUGUUGGAUACGGACCCUUCUCCUGGCAUCACUGAAGUUCCCCGACCACAUCCAAUUGCUGGGGCGCGUCUACCACAUUACCGGACCCGUCAGACAGGCUGGCGACCCCGACCUCAUGCGCCGUACGUCUCCCCCUGUCUCCCCCCCUGCUUCACUCUUCCCAAAAGUGCAACGGGAGGCUGGCACAGUCCCGGGUAGUUGAUCUUGGUCCCGAGCAAAGCUGUUUUGCGGCUCGGGAAAGUUGUUCGAGAACAACCUGUCUCUUCCAGCUGAACGCUUCCAGGCGAGGAGGCGACGCCGGAGGCAAGUCAACCCUCGGACAAUGGAGCCCUUGGAGCGUCCCCAUUGGCCGAAUGUGACGGCACUUGCAUGGGCACCUACCAUUGGACAAAAAUGCUGACACCUGAGCUGGCUCAACGAUUGGCUGAAAAUGACGUGACCUCGAGAGACCGAAAGGGUUAAAAGCGAGAGACAGGAAGAAAAGUUUUUCGUUCUUCUUGCUGUGGGCCGCUACGUCUGGUUUGGUGCCGGACAUCAAUGACUUUAUGAUUGUUUAUUACUUUGUGUUAUUACUGUAAAUAAUCUAAAUAAACCUUCAGUUCUGAAAGCCCUC